ACGGGUCUUGGUUCUCACUAAUUUUCUACAUGACAAUUUGCCCCACAACUAACUUUUACUCAUGGUCUGUACUUUUUAUAUUCUCCUCCAACUAACCACUAUUCCUCCUUUGUCCUAAGCUGCCCCAUUGUCCAAACCAUGCCUGUCCCUUCUUCUUCAUCUUCUUCUUCUUCCAUGCUUGUUUUCACUUGUUUGCUCAUCAUUUUCUUGCUUACCCUUCAUUCCUCAAAUUGUCUAGCCAAACCAACCAAUACCACUCGCCAAUUCUCAGUUGACUACUACACCAAAUCAUGCCCUCAACUCGAGCAACUCAUUGGGUCCAUCACCAGCCGACAGUUCAAAGAAUCACCAGUCUCCGGGCCUGCCACCAUUCGCCUUUUCUUCCACGACUGCUUUGUAGAAGGAUGUGAUGGAUCAAUAUUGAUAUCAUCGAAGCCGGGAAGCAAAAUGUUGGCAGAAAGGAAUGCUCAGGAUAACAAGGACUUAAGAGUGGAGGGGUUUGAGACCAUAAGUAAGGCCAAAGCUUUGGUGGAGAGCAAGUGCCCCGGUGUUGUGUCAUGUGCAGACAUUCUAGCAAUUGCAGCCAGAGACUUUGUACAUUUGGCAGGGGGUCCUUAUUACCAAGUGAAGAAAGGAAGGUGGGAUGGAAGAAUAUCAAUGGCAUCAAGAGUAGCAUCCAAUAUCCCACGCUCAAAUUCCACCAUUGAUGAGUUACUGAAACUCUUCAGCUCAAAAGGGCUAACACCAAAUGACCUAGUAGUCCUCUCGGGUGCACAUACAAUUGGCUUUGCUCACUGUCAGAAUUUUGUAAGCAGGCUCUAUGACUAUCGUGGCACUAAGAAGCCUGACCCAGCCAUUGAUCCAAGGCUCCUAAAGGCACUGAAAAUGUCAUGCCCACGUUAUGGUGGCAAUAAUGACAUUGUUGCACCAUUUGAUGUUACCACCCCAUUCGUGUUUGACCAUGCUUACUAUAGCAAUUUAGUUGCUAAACUAGGCUUACUAGCCACAGACCAAGCUUUAUUUUUGGACCCAAGGACCAAACCACUUGUUCAAGCUUUGGCACAGGAUAAGCAAAAGUUUUUUCAAUCUUUUGUAGUAGCUAUGGACAAAAUGGGUUCAAUAGGUGUAAAGAGGGGAGGAAAACAAGGAGAGAAUAGAAAAGAUUGUAGUAUGCAUAUGUCCUGAUUUUUUUUUUUUAUUGGAGGAAGAAGGGGGGGGGGGGGGGGAUUUAGAUUCUUGGUUUUAUUUUUAUUUUGAUGUGUUUGGUUGAGGUGAUUGGCUUUUAA